AAACAUCUUUAGUGGGAUUAAUCCAAGUUAAACAAGCUUAUCUUGUUUAAAUUGGCAUGAGCUGUUAAAGAUAUCUAAGCUUAAAAUAUGCAGGGUCAAGGUAUGGCAUUGAAGGAGCCGUAUAAAACCCCUCUGCUCCUCAGUGCUGUUGCUAUCGAAGUUCAGCGACGCUCUGAUAACGACGCCAGCCCCUCUCGGCCCAACAUACAGCAUGGCGUGGUUUUUGUGCAUGUGUGUAUUCUCUGUGGUCGGGCUGGGUCUACUGCUCUUGCAGGUGAAACUUCGAAGGUCCCUGGAGACCAGAGGGGGCCCUCCGAGCCUGCCCGCAUUCCCACUCAUCGGGAGCCUGUUGAGCCUGCGAAGCAAUCAGGCACCGCAUGUCCUCUUCCAGAAGCUGCAGCAGAAGUAUGGACAGACCUAUUCUCUAAUGAUGGGCCCACACACAGUCAUCCUUGUCAACCACCACCAGCACGCCAAAGAGGUCCUCCUUAAAAAGGGGAAAAUCUUUGCAGGAAGACCCAGAACAGUAACCACAGACCUGUUGACGAGGGACGGUAAAGAUAUUGCCUUUGCAGACUACGGUGCCACUUGGAGAUUUCAUCGUAAAACAGUGCAUGGAGCCUUGUGUAUGUUUGGUGAGGGCUCUGCCUCCAUCGAGAAGAUUAUCUGUAGGGAAGCUCUCUCCCUGUGUGACACUCUGCGAGAGUCAGGAAGUGCAUCGUUGGACUUGUCCCCAGAGCUGACAAGAGCUGUCACCAACGUGGUCUGCUCUCUCUGCUUCAGCUCCUCCUAUUGCCGCGGUGACCCCGAGUUUGAGGCCAUGCUGCAGUUCAGCCAGGGCAUCGUGGAUACGGUCGCUAAGGACAGUCUGGUGGACAUCUUCCCAUGGCUACAGGUCUUCCCCAACGCAGACCUGCGUCUCCUAAAGAAGUGUGUGUCAAUCAGAGACAAGCUGCUUCAGAAAAAAUACGAGGAACACAAGUCGGACUACAGCGAUCAUGAACAGAGAGACCUGCUGGACGCCCUGCUAAGGGCCAAACGCAGUGCUGAGAACAACAACACUGCCGAGAUCACCAUGGAGACCGUGGGCCUUAGUGAAGACCACCUGCUCAUGACCGUGGGUGACAUAUUUGGAGCCGGAGUGGAAACCACAUCAACAGUCCUAAAAUGGGCAAUUGCCUACCUCAUCCACCAUCCACAGGUACAAAAGCGAAUUCAGGAGGAACUGGACAGUGUGGUGGGGGGAGACAGAACCCCCCAGCUCAGUGACAGGGGGAGCCUGCCCUACCUGGAAGCCACCAUUAGAGAGGUGCUACGCAUCCGGCCUGUUGCCCCUCUACUCAUCCCCCAUGUAGCCCAAACAGACACCAGUAUUGGCAAGUUCACUGUUAGGAAAGGUGCUCGCAUCAUCAUCAACUUGUGGUCCCUGCAUCACGAUGAGAAGGAGUGGAAGAACCCAGAGAUGUUUGACCCUGGUCGCUUCCUGAACGAGGAGGGGACAGGUCUGUGCAUCCCCUCGCCCAGCUACUUGCCGUUUGGGGCAGGGGUGAGAGUGUGUCUGGGGGAGGCGCUGGCUAAGAUGGAGAUCUUCCUCUUCCUCUCCUGGAUACUUCAGCGUUUAACUAUGACCGUGUCCCCGGGCCAGCCACUGCCCAGCCUGGAAGGAAAGUUUGGGGUAGUCCUCCAGCCGGUCAAAUACAAGGUCAAUGCCACACCAAGAGCAGGCUGGGAGAAGAGCCAUCUCCAGACCUCUUAGACCCCCCCCCCCUCCACCCCCACCCUUACCGAAUGACAUGCAUGGGUGUUAAUGUUUAAACAAUAAUAGUGGUGCAUUCGAAUUGACCUUGGAAUCUCAUAGCUCCAGUUGGUCAAGUUGUGAAGAUGAUAUAAAUGCAUUCUAGUGCUUUUGAGGUUGGUACAACUCUACAAUGAAUUAUAUUUUUAGCUAGAGAGCUAAGCAAGAUAGUGUUUCUAAUAAUAAGUUGGUUAACUAGCUGACAAUGUGUCAAACCAUAGACUGUAUUGGUCAAAGUAGCUUCUUUAUCCACAUAGCUAAAGGCAUUGUUUUACCAUCUUCUGGUCGCAAAGGUGACAGGUCAUUGAUGAAACGUCAGAACUCGAUGAUACUCAAGGUAUCAUCAUUCUGGCCUGAGUUUCUCACUUGGAACUUGGAGGGCAUUGACUUGGAGGGCAUUGUACUGGCUAUUUUGGAGUCGGGAACUCGUAUUUCCACAUUUCAGAGAGCUCUCGAAUGCACCAUAGAACAUGGAAACAGGCGUGAACUAAGGUUGUGAUAUAUUACGCAGAGACAGCCCUUGUAAUGACUGCUAUUUUUCACUGAUGCAUGUGUAUUGAUGUUGAACAAUGCUGUAUAUUUGUUUGCCUUAAUGAGCUGUACUAAUGUAUUCCGUGUUAGUACUGUUUUACAUAAUACUGUCUUUUA